UCGUCGACAAUGUCGACGAUGUCGACAAUGUCGACGACGUCGACGAUGAAAUUUUGUCGUCGAUGCGUCGUGUUAUUUUAACAACCUGAAAGGCAUUUAAUAAUGUAAUGACACACCACUCAUCUGGACACAGUAAAUGAAAUUGUAAUGCGCCGCAGGAAGUGUUGGGGGCAGUAGCUUCGUUCUUUGCACCGUCUGCGUCAAUUCACCAGUGACGAAGAAGUUAAACAGAGACGCGCGAUGGCAGAGGCUCAUCCUCAAUGUGAGCAGGCUGACGGAAAGCUGCGACCAUGGCUCAAGUCUAAAGUCUGGGCAUUUUUUAAAGAAAAUAAAACUACUAAACAAGUAAAGUGUGCUGUCUGCAACGCACAGCUGGCCUACCACGGCAGCACGACAGCGAUGCACGAACAUUUAAAACGACAACACCCAGGAAUUUUAGCGUCCACGGAUAAAGAUGGUUCAAAGCAAAGACGCGUGGAUCACUUUGUCCUCCGGAGAGGCGUCUGCACCCCUCAAAUGACAAACCAGUACAGCAGAGGGGAGUCCAUGCCAUCGGAUGAUAUGCAUGCUGCAUCCCCAGCUCGUGAAACACGGAAGCCUGGGUCAACCCUCGAUUCACUUCUUGGAUGUGACACAGAUAGUGAUGAUGAGACUGAUCAGCAGGAAUCACAUGAGCAACUGGUUACUAAUGAAGUGCUGAUGUACUUUGCUGAGCAGCCAAUCUCAAAGACACAGGGUCCACUGUCCCAGUGGAAGCUCCAUGCUCGGACAGAGGAUGCUACUAUACUUGAUGUGCUCUUGCACUUUAUUUUUUGUUAUGAUUUUUGGUUCAAAUACUAUUUUGGUGCUGAGGGGGGCCUGCAGUGGGUGAACGACUUGAACCAACACUUCAACCGGUUUGACCAGCCACCCACUACUCCCCCCACGCAGCUGCCCCACACCUUUUCAACUGGACAAUGCCCCACACCCGCAGCCCUUCACACCUCCAGCUCAACUGAACAAUGCCCCACUCUUACAGCCCUUCACACCUUUCACUCACACCUCACUAUUUCCCCACCGGCCCAUGGAGUAACCCCCUCAGCCCACCCCUGUCCUUCACACCUGCCCAGGUGA